GUUUUCUAUAUGUGAACAAGACUGACUCUACGGCUUACGUUUUCCUAACCUAUCCGUAAGCAUUUACCCAGGUCUUCAUUCCUUGCGACUCCUUGCGACUUCUUGGCUAAUCGGCGAACAUGAUGCCCCACGAUUAAUACUCAAAUAAACCAGUAGUAACCUUAGUCUCGAAUAUAUAUAAGAACCUGCUUCUCGAUGAUAAUCACAGAAGUUUUUCAAAACGAUAUAAGCAACCGAAAAUAACAAGUCAAUCGCUCCCCUCAAUAUGGUUGCAUCUACGAUCCCAAAACUCGCUGAGGUAGAUAGCUUGACUAUCCAGGCCAUAAUCAACGAUGAAAUCGACCAGAUCUCUCCGUCACCGCACCCGGCCGUCAAACACCCCCAAUCAUUCCUAGGAGCUCCAUUGCGGCCCCUCCCAACGGACGUGCAGCGAGGUGGUGCUAAGUUGCAAAUGAGAAUGGACACCCUCUGCUGUGGCGCUCACGGAUUGUCACUUUUAAUAACAGUGACCAAGGACGGCAAGUCUCAUAGUCUCCUAUUCGACACCGGGCCGGAGGAGGCCGUGUGGGAGAGCAAUAUGACAAGACUAGGCCUAGACCCAAGCACAAUCGAACGAAUCGUACUGUCGCAUUGGCAUCGCGACCACUCAGGCGGAAUGGCCGCUGCGGUCCGGAUGAUCGAAGCAGCUAAGACGGGCUCGGAUCAUACUGAAAAGGUCGUAGUGGAUCUACAUCCCGACCGACCCGAAUUCCGAGGCGUCAUGGCCCACGAGCCGAUCUCUCUCGAGCCCGAUCCAAGCUUUGCCGUGAUCGAAGAGGCGGGCGCCACGGUGUUUAAGAGCGACGAGGUACAUACGGCGCUAGACGACACGUUCUUAAUAUCUGGGUCUAUUCCGAGACUCACCUCUUAUGAAGGUGGCAUUCCUAACGGCAUCCGCUUCAACUCGGCGGGCCAAUGGGAGAAAGACGAACUUAUCAUGGACGAGCGACUGGUAAUGUGUAACUUGAAGGGCCGAGGGCUAGUCGUCUUCACCGGAUGCAGCCACGCCGGCGUAGUCAAUGUCUCGCGCCACGCGAUCGAACUUGGAGGCGGCGUCCCUCUGUACACCGUCGUCGGUGGCUAUCACUUAGCUGACGGCAGCCCCGAAAAGCUGCAGAAGUCGCUCGAGGACCUAAAGGCUCUAGAGCCGAAGGUGUUGAUGCCUGGCCAUUGCACGGGUUGGAGAUUCAAAGUUGCAAUCGAAAAGGAGAUGCCGGGAUGCAUGGCCCCUAUUUUCGGCGGCACGAGAUAUGAACUUGUUUGAGAGAGGAGAGCAUAAAUGUUGUUGAUGAAACCACUCCAUCAUUUUCAUAGCACUGUGUACGGAUUAGGCGGGAAAGGGGUUUUUGUAUGUACAUAUGAGGACCAGAACUGGAUAAAUCUAUUUGUGUAUUAUUGCGCCACC